UUCAACACCAGUCGAGCAGUCCAGUUGUAGCAGUCUGCUUGAUCUCACCUCCAGUCUACCAGCGCAACAAGACUGGACACCGUGCGACUGACACGGUCGAUGUCCGCAGAAAAUGCCCGGAAAGUGACUCCGGAGACCGGCACGACUGUCCGGACGUUGGCGCUGGAUUCUUUGGAGGUUCUCUGACCGACGACCCCGAGUCUCCUGCGCCGUAUCCGCAGCAUUAGGCCUCAUGGAGCUGGGGACUCGACGCCUGCUUUGCACAAGGGAGCUCGAUCCAUGCCCGGUUCCCAGCAAACAACCGUAAAGGGUGGGAACCUUUCUUACCCUUCAGUUCCCUAUUCCCAGACCCCUGUAAAUUGCCCCGUGGUGAUAUUUUCUUCUCCCCUCUGUGGCCCACAACAUGAUUGGCAAGCUGAAACAGAACUUGCUGGUGGCCUGUCUGGUCGUCAGUUCGGUCACGGUCUUCUACCUGGGCCGCCAUGCCAUGGAGUGCCACCAUCGUAUUGAGGAACGCAGCCAGCCAGGUGGGAUCCUGCCUCUGUCAGCACUAGGGGGCAGCAUGAGGACCACCUUACGGACAGGCCAGAAUCUCAGCACACCCUUUGUUUACAACAAAGACAUGCCACUUAUCUUCAUCGGUGGGGUGCCUCGCAGUGGAACCACACUAAUGCGAGCCAUGCUGGACGCCCAUCCCGAGGUGCGCUGUGGAGAAGAAACCCGCGUCAUCCCGCGUAUUUUAGCCAUGAAGCAGAUGUGGAGUCGCUCAGGCCGGGAGAAAAUGCGGCUGGAUGAGGCCGGUGUGACAGAUGAGGUGCUGGACGCCGCCAUGCAGGCCUUCCUGCUGGAAAUCAUUGUUAAACAUGGAGAGCCUGCCAACUUUCUCUGUAACAAGGACCCUUUUGCUCUGAAGUCACUUUCCUACCUGGCCAAGAUCUUUCCACGUGCCAAGUUUGUUCUCAUGAUUCGUGAUGGCCGGGCUUCAGUGCACUCCAUGAUCUCAAGGAAGGUGACAAUCGCUGGCUUUGACCUGGGCAGCUACCGGGACUGUCUUACUAAGUGGAAUCGGGCCAUAGAGACCAUGUACACCCAGUGCCUGGAGGCAGCAGACAAAUGUCUACCUGUGCACUAUGAACAGUUGGUCCUUCACCCUGAGAAAUGGAUGAGGACACUGCUGAAAUUCCUCGACAUUCCUUGGAAUGAUGCCGUCCUCCACCAUGAGGAGCUUAUUGGGAAAGCUGGAGGAGUGUCUCUUUCUAAGGUGGAGAGAUCCACAGACCAGGUCAUCAAGCCCGUCAAUGUGGAGGCCUUGUCCAAGUGGGUGGGGAAAAUCCCAGCUGAUGUGGUGAGGGACAUGGCCGUCAUUGCCCCUAUGCUGUCCAGACUGGGUUACGAUCCCCAUGCCAACCCUCCCAACUAUGGCCGGCCUGACCCCAAAGUCCUGGACAACACCAGAAGGGUCUUUAAAGGUGAAUUUCAGCUACCAGAUUUCCUUAAAGAACAAUCACAGAUUCAGAAGUCUGCAGAGAGGCCCAACCCCAGUUAGGAGCAGAGGGAGUGCCAGCAGGACAACACAGGGCUGGGUGCAGUGGGGCUGAAAAUCAUGGACCCCGUCUCACCAUCCCACCAGCUGUGUUGGCCUGGGCACCUCUCAAAGGUCACGUGACCCCAGCAGACCAGAGUCAGACGCUCCUCCUGCGGGCGGCCACCACUCCUCGUCUACGGAGAACUCGUGGCCUUCGAUGUUGUACUGUACAAAAAGAAAAAAAAAUACUAAUACUUCUCACACUCACAGAAUGUCUGCUGAUUGUUACUUUUUCCGUGUCACAUCAUGCUCAUCGAUUUUUAGAAAUGAUUUCUGGCUAUUUAGAAAACAAAACUCUGUGAUUCUGUUGUAAGAAACUGCAGUGAACUGAAAUCGCAAGACGUAUUUAUGAAUGGAAAAUUAGCUUUUGGAAGAUGCAAUACCUAUUUUAAUGUUACAUUUUUUUUUUUUCAUGCCUUUGUAUUGUGCAAUGUCAUGGGUACUGAUCAGUUUGAAGUAUCAACCGUGAUAAACAAUGCUUUUUUAAAAA